UUUCAUUUCCUCAAUCGAAAUUUCUAAGGAAAUCGAAGUUCUUUCACUCCGAUUCUCGGAUUUCUAGGGUUUUCAUCCCUUUCUUUCUCUCUACAUCUACCUCUCUUAAAAUCUUCGCGAUUCUCUUGUUCGAUUCUCGAUUCAAUCCACUGAUGUCAGUUGCAAAACUGAGAACCAGUUUCAUUCCUGACGCAAUGAAGCCUGAGCAGAAGGCUGCGAAGGCAGAGAAGGAAGGACAUGACUCCCUUGAUACUUUCAUCAGGCAAGCAAUAGGGAAAGAUCCUUUUCUUUCUUUCUCAAGGCCUGGUGAAAGUCCAAUUCAGUGGAUCCAAUUACUUCAGGCUUUAGAUCCACAAGGAGGUAACAAGCUUUCUAAGGGUCCAAAGGUUGAUAAUGCUAUAGAAGGGAAGGAGCGACCUCUAGAACAUGGCACUGGUAUGAGCUCAUUUGUAUCUAAGAUGAAUGGUAUAAAGGAAUCUGUUCCCUCUAAAAAGUGUAGUGGAGUCCCUAUAAAGGGGACACAAAGCACCUCUGAACAAAUGCAAACUCUCAAAAUUCCUGAAGCUGUUGUUGCCUUGGCGCAAGCCGCUGCUAAGGCCAAUGGUGAGCCUGAUAAUGUAUGUCAAGUGUCACAAGCAGGUCUCCCAGGUUGGCCCUUGUUGGCGCCUCCUAAGGUGCAAAAAUGUGACAAGUGCUCCCGAGAAUUUUGUUCGUCCAUUAACUAUAGGCGCCACAUACGUGUUCACCGACGCUCACUAAAUAUUGAUAAGGACUCUCCCACGAACAGGGAUUUCCUGGGUGCAUUCUGGGACAAGCUCUCUUCGGAUGAAGCAAGGGAAAUUGUAUCGUUCAAGAGUGUGACACUUGAGGAAGUUGCUGGAUCUUCUAUUAUAAGAGCAUUGACGUCAUUUAUCCGAAAACCUGGGUUUUGUUCACUGCCACAAAUUUACAUAAAGGCUGGUGCAGCUCUUGUGGAUGUUGUCCAAGCUAUGCCUUCCAGAUUUCCUAUAUCUUCCAAGGAAUUAUUCAGUAUACUUGAUGAUGCAAGCGAGAAGACAUUCUUGUGUGCUGGAAUGGCUGCAUCCAUGCAAAAAUUUGUUUUUGACGGAGAAGCAGGGAAGAUUGGUCUUGAGACGAAGAAUCUUAUUGCUUGCACCAGUUUUCUGGUGGAACAGAAACUGGUUAAAGCGUGGCUGGCUGAGAAGGAUGAAGAAGCUCUAAGGUGCGAGAAGCAGCUUGUGGCAGAAGAGGAAGCUGCGCAGAAAAGACAAGCUGAACUAUUGGAAAGGAAGCGGUUGAAGAAAUUGAAGCAGAAAGAGCAGAAAGCAAAGGAGCAAGCUGACAGAGAGAAGGCAGAUUUCAAGGAGGGUUCACCAGAUGGUGUCGAGGGUGCACCAUAUCUUUCAGAAACAUCCUACCCAUGGUCUUCCUCCGGAUCUGAUUCCAGCACUACAGAAGCACCAUCCGAUCCUGUCAAGCUGCAUCUGGAGCCUGUCCAAUCUUUGGAUGUUGAUGUGGAAGCAUGUGGGCCCCGACACCUGAGAGAUGGUGAUAUCAGCAUGGACACAGUUUGUGGAGAUACCAACUUGGCUGGUAGUGAUAGCGUAGACGCACGAGUCUGGAUGCAGCAGCAGGACAGCAACCAGCUAUUGCCAGCUAUUGCUCCCCAGCCGGUGUCACUGAAACUGUGGAGAAACACUCAAAAUGCUUACCAUCUGAGUCAUGUUCAACCAUCGAAGCCAGUCGUGCAGAAACACAACAGCUACAGGGAUCAGAGGGCUGUUUCUUCUUUAGCCAGUAAUGGCCACAAGGUCUGGACUCGGAAGACCAAGCUUGAGUGUGUAGGGGAGGGUUCGGACAUUAGAGUACAGAGAGAAUCUAGAGACCCAUCAGAUCAAGGCAACAGCAGCCAGGUCGUGAUUGGUUCUAUAUCUGUCAGGCUUGGAGAUCCUAAUAGUCAAGAUGAUGUGCCGGCUGUGGCUCUCGAACGAUGCACCGGUGACCUCCAAAUUCUGAGACCAGAGAAGCCCAUGAAAACGGACCCCAUUCAAAGUGGGGCCAACCGGUCGACAGUGAAGCUCUGGAGGCCAGUGAGUCGGCAGGAAUUUGGUGGCCCGACUGCAGAUCACAUUGAUAAAAGAGAAGAAGCUGGACUCAAUGAAGCUUCUGGUGAGGUUGCCGUUCGAGCUUUGUCAGAUGAGAGGUCUCUGGCUCAGUGUGCAACAGGCGAUGAUAGUUCCUUCCGAUGCAAGGACUCUUCAACAGUGUCAGAAGGUGGAGAUCCAACCGGUCUGAGGUUGUUCUCAAGCCAUGAUGCAGUGGCCUUUUUCAGUCAGCGAUGGAAGGAGGCUAUGGCUGGAGAUCAUGUGGAGCUGGUCCUCCCAUCCCCCGAAACCAAACCACCUGAUUGCCUUGAGACCCUGGAUGGCAAUCAUGCCAAUCCACCAUCACCAUCACCACUGGAUGGCGAUCAGAGCACUGCCCCUGGCAAUGCAGAGAACCAGUUUUCUGGGGCGCCCAUGGGCCCCAUUAAGUCCAAGCAUGGAGCAAAGGUGGAAAAAGGUAGGAGGCUGAAAUACAUCCCAAAGCAGAGAAGCAAUGCCUGAGAAGAAGGGUAGGAAUUAAUGUGAUAUCAGAGAAGUGCAGUUCCAGCCCCAGAUACAUUCUUAGCAGAGGUUCCAGUUUUAGUAGAGAGCUCUUCUGUGUGAAAGAACAGAAAAAAGAAAGGCAUCGGCAGCAUAUAUGUUAAUGGGCUAGAUUGCAGUUUUUUU